AUGACCACCCCAACGGUGCUUCUUCUGGUUUUGGUUUGUAUGUGGGAGGAGCAGCGAGGAGAGAGCUCACUAACUGUUAGUUUACCAAUUCCAGUUCAGAACAUUCAGGAAGCCCUAACAGAUCCGAGCGCUGGAGAAAACAAUGUCUCUCUAGUGAAUCAUGGUGAGAAUGCUGAGGGUCUUAUGACCACCCACAUCCCACUGGCUCCUGGAUUAACAGAAAAAGGAAAGAAUGGCCUGGAUGAACUGGUACAGAUAUCAACCCAAACUGCCUUUACCCUUCACACCACUUUGAAUGUAAUUACAUCCAAGAGUGAAGCUGUGGAUAAUGGGUAUAAUGUUCACACUCAGUCACUGGAGGCAGAUCCCAAUGGAGACCCCAGCCAUCAUUUGAAACUCCAGACUGACUUCCAUCCAGAGUCCAGAGUUCUUCCAAAGAGCAUCUCUAGGCGGAGCUUGGUGUCUCAGGCAGAGGGGGUGGGGAUAACUCUAACAGGGGAGGGGCCUCGCUCUCGUCGUAGGCGGAGCUGGCAGUGGAACCAGUUCUUUGUGAUAGAGGAGUACAGAGGACCAGAACCAGUGCUCAUCGGACGGGUAAGGCCUCAUCACAACAAAUGCUCAUAUACUGUAUGUCAUUAAAAGUACAGUGUGAUUUCAGUGUUAUGAAAAUGUUCAUACUUGUAGCUUUGGUUCAGUUAUUCCUAGAACAACAGCAUGAUGAUACAGUACUCUACUAGUCAGACAUACUGUAGUUCACUAAGGAUAGUCAGUUUGUACGGUAGGUCGCACCACACCAACAAGGUCGCACCACACCAACAACACCACAGAGCUGACAGGAAGUCAGUGUUCAACCAGUCUGAUGAUGAGAUGAUUGAAGAUGUUUUAAACCAGUUCGCACCUGAUCCAUCUAGAUCCUGGGAGGUUACUUGUAGCACUUCACAGGCAAAGCGCUGGGCUGUUAAUGCAGCUGCUGGCAGCUUGAAUGUGUAUGUGGAUUAUAUUAGCUGUAACGCUAACAGGGAACUCUGCCAGCCACAGUAGCAGCAGCAUACUUUAUUAUGACACCACAGUUUGGAGCCUCAUCAACCAACACUGUGUAUACCAUAUAAACGUUUAAUCUUCCUCUCUGCCUGGUAUUGAUACAGUCAGGGAGGGAUGGUAGUCCAGCGAUGGAGACAUGAUACUCUUUCUAGUUGUAGUUAGUGCACAAGUCUGAUUCUGGGCUUGAGAUAGCUAUGAUGUCAUACGGGAAAUCGCAUAGGGAGGAGUUUUUUUUUGGUUGCAGCUUGUAGGGCUUUAAGAGCGUUUGAUAGUUUCAUACAUACAUCAACGCUCAGACUCACACACAUGAUUAGAGUGUAUGUUCUAUGCUGUUUGAAAGACAUUGAUAGUAAACAUUGAGUGGGGUAAGAUACAGUACGUGAUGGCAAUGAAUGAGACAUUUUCAGGAGGAGAAAAUCAACAAGCAGAAGAUAGACUGAAGAUCCUUGCAAUACUGUAAGCGAGGAGGAGAGAAAAGUGAAAUGAAAGAGAGUGGGGAGAGUGACAACAGGAUGGGGAAAGACAAGUAGCCCUCUGGGAAUUCCAUCAGAGAUCAUUUCAAAAAAUAAUUCCCCUCCACUGUUUUGUUUUUAUGGAUUGGAUAAGUUUCAACCCCGCAGAGAAAACAUUUUGCAAUGGCGACUGAUGCACAGCAGGACUGAGCUAGCAAUUAGAUUGAGAGUAGGGGGUAUGGGUUGGUGAGAGAGAGGGUGGGGGGGGGGGGGGGGGGGGGGGGGGGGGGGUUAGGCGAGUGAGAUGGAAGAAUGACAAAGAUGUCUCUGGUGGUGAUGCGUGGGACCCGAAUAAAAGCAGAUUUAAGGAGGAAGAAGAGGAGGGGGGUGUUGGAGAAAAUAAACCCCCUACUCCCUCAUCUAGCAUUUCUUACUGUGUGUUAUCAUGUGUUUCUUUAAUCCCUAACUGCACGCUCAACUACAUACACACACACAGCUUCCCUCUUUUUCUUGCUCCCUCUCUAACACACAUAUCAUACACACGCACACACACUCGCACACAGAGACACUUGUGUAUUACGGCUGUAUACACCUGCGGUUUAUGAAUUACAGUUGACAUGUAUACCAAUGUGUUUAUGCACCGCUUUGGUAUUCUUGGGAAGAAGAAAUGCACAUCUAUGUGAUUUAAGGCCUAGGGGCCAUAAUACUCUUUCGCUCUUGCUCUCUCCAGGCUUAUGUGACAUAAUAAUAUUCAUAAUGUUCCUUGCCUAUUGCUUGUCUUGAAUUUAAUUAUCAUGUGAAAAAUAUAAUAACCACAGUUUGACCACAAAGCUGUGUCCAUAUUAAUGUAAAAACCUGCAGUAUAUUGCUCAGUAAAUAUCAAACAACCCAUGCUGCUUACUAUAGUUAAAAUAAUGGGUUGUGGUUUAAGACAGAGGUUGUGUUGGUCUGUAACGGAGGGUCCGCAGCGGAGCAGAGGAAAGGAUGUGAUGUGAAUAAGCCUAGUGGAUUAUGAACAUGUGCAGAUGUGCCUUAAGGGGAGUGAGAUGUGAAGGUUCCUGGUCAGAAAGCCUUCCCUGUGUGAUGAAGGCUGAGUAAUCCCUUUAGCUUUCUAUUUCUGUGUGUCUGGCCUUUUACCCAACCAGCUCCCUGUAAUAUCCCACAACUGCCAUUAAAUACUGAACAAGCAAGCACUGUUUACUGCAAAGUAACAUGGGCAGACACACAGAGACAGAUAGAGAGACAGAGGAAGAAAGAGAGAGAGAGAAAGAGAGAGAGAGAGGAACAGAUAUGCAGAUGGACUGUCAGAGAGAGAGGCACGUUCCCAGAGAGAGAGAGAGAGAGAAAGGGUGACAGAAAAACAAAGUUAAGGGGCGAUACAGAGACAAGCAAACAGAUGGAUUCAGAAACAGACAGAUGGACAGAACAGAAUAGAAGACAGAAAGAGCGACACAUGCAGAUGGACACUUUCGGCUGUCAGUGUUCUGCAUGUGUGAGCAGGACAUUUGGGGCCACUGUCCACAGUCAUGUGCUUUCACCCCCUAACAAUCCCCCAGUGGCCUGCUUGGUCCAAUGAGUUAAUUAGCUGUACGCAUCAGUACUCAUUCAGCUCCCCUCUGUCCCCUUCACACCUGGUGCCAUUCAAUUCACACUUACUGAAUACCACAUCUUGAGCUUGAUUCAAUCGCUCAUUUUACAAUCACAUGUUUUUGUUUAGGUCGAUGAUAAAUGGUGCUAAUGAGGGAUGCAUUGUCUGUGUCAGUGGUGGCUCGGAGACAAUAUGUCAAAAGCAUCAGUUAAACUAUAAACCCUGGCCUUUUAGAGAAUAGAGCAGAGAGAACAAAAGUCACUCAUUAAGCUAGGCUCAAUCCAUCCAGCAGAAUCCAUAGAUUACUUUUAUGACUUUAUUUUUCUGUCUAUACCCAUCUCCUUCAGCUGCACACAGAUAUGGACAGGGGCGAUGGGCGUACUAAGUAUAUAUUAGAAGGAGAGGGGGUGGGGUCUGUGUUUGUCAUCGAUGGGAACACAGGCAACAUCCACGUCACCAAGUCCCUGGAUCGAGAGGACAAGGACCAGUACCGCUUGAUUGCUACAGCAACCGACCGCCAGACAGGCCGCGCCCUCGAACCCUCGUCCACAUUCAUCAUUAGAGUUCAGGACAUCAACGACAACCCACCUGUCUUCCAGGACGAGCCAUACACCGCCACCGUGCCCGAGAUGGCCAAUAUAGGUACUAUACGUGACUGACAGGACUCCAGCCCUGAUCUGUGAUUUACAUUACAGUCUAGUCAGGCUGUCUCAAGGGCUUAUUUGUCAUUCCUGUAGUCUCACCACUCCAUCUCUCUCUAACAGGUACAUCCAUAAUCCAGGUGACAGCCACGGAUGCAGAUGACCCUACGUAUGGUAACAGUGCCAGGCUGGUGUAUGCUGUGACCCAGGGCCAGCAGUAUUUCUCUGUGGAUCCUCAGACAGGUCUGGUGGGCCUAUAAUACACACUCCUAUCAAGCUACAGUGCAUUCGGAAAGUAUUCAGACCCCUUGACCUUUUCCACAGUUACGUUACAGCCUUAUUCUAAACAUUUAAAAACUGAAAUAUUACAUUUACAUAAGUAUUCAGACCCUUUAUUCAAUACUUUGUUGAAGCACCUUUGUUGAAGCGAUUACAGCCUCGAGCAUUCUUGGGUAUGAUGCUACAAGCUUGGCACACCUGUAUUUGGGGAGUUUCUCCCAUUCUUCUCUGCAGAUCCUCUCAAGCUCUGUCAGGUUGGAUUGGGAGCGUUGUUGCACAGCUAUUUUCAGGUCUCACCAGAGAUGUUAGAUUGGGUUCAAGUCCGGGCUCUGGCUGGGCCACUCAAGGACAUUCAGAGACUUGUCACGAAGCCACUCCUGCGUUGUCUUGGCUGUGUGCUUAGGGUCGUUGUCCUGUUGGAAGGUGAACCUUCACCCCAGUCUGAGGUCCUGAGUGCUCUGGAGCAGGUUUUCAUCAAGGAUCUCUCUGUACUUCAUUCAUAUUUCCCUUGAUCCUGACUAGUCUCCCAGUCCCUGCCGAUGAAAAACAUCCCCACAGCAUGAUGCUGCCACCACCAUGCUUCACCAUAGGGAUGGUUCCAGGUUUCCUCCAGAUGUGACGCUUGGCAUUCAGGCCAAAGAGUUCAAUCUUGGUUUCAUCAGACCAGAUAAUCUUGUUUCUCAUGGUCUGAGAGUCUUUAGGUGCCUUUUGGCAAACUCCAAGCGGGCUGUCAUGAGCCUUUUACUGAGGAGUGGCUUCCGUCUGGCCACUCUACCAUAAAAACCUGAUUGGUGGAGUGCUGCAGAGAUGGUUGUCCUUCUGGAAGGUUCUCCCAUCUCCACAGAGGAACUCUGGAGCUCUGGCAGAGUGACCAUCGGGUUCUUGGUCACCUCCCUGACCAAGGCCCUUCUCCCGCGAUUGCUCAGUUUGGCCGGGCGGCCAGCUCUAGGAAGAGUCUUGGUGGUACCAAACUUCUUCCAUUUAAGAAUGGAGGCCACUGUGUUCUUGGGGACCUUCAAUGCUGCAGACAUUUUUUGGUACCCUUACCCAGAUCUGUGCCUCGACACAGUCCUGUCUCGGAGCUCUACGGACAAUACCUUCGACCUCAUGGCUUGGUUUUUGCACUGACAUGCACUGUCAACUGUGGGACAUUAUAUAGACAGGUGUGUGCCUUUCCAAAUCAUGUCCAAUCAAUUGAAUUUACCACAGGUGAACUCCAAUCAAGUUGUAGAAAUAUCUCAAGGAAGAUCAAUGGAAACAGGAUGCACCUGAGCUCAAUUUCAAGUCUCAUAGCAAAGGGUUUGAAUACUUAUGUAAAUAAGGUAUUUCUGUUUUUUUCCAAACAUUUCUAAAAACCUGUUUUCACUUUGUCAUUAUGGGGUAUGGUUUGUAGAUUGAUGAGGAUUUGUAUUUAUUUAAUCAAUUUUAGAAUAAGGCUGUAAAGCAGGGUUGCCCAACCCUGUUCCUGGAUAGCUACCCUCCUGUAGGUUUUCGCUCCAACCCCAGGUGUUACUAACCUGAUUCAUCUUAUCAACAUGCUAAUUCUUAGAAUCAGGUGUGCUAGAUUAGGGUUGGAGCAAAAACCUACAGGACAGUAGCGCUCCAGGAACAGGGUUGGGCAGUCCUGCUGUAAAGUAACAAAAUGUGGAAAAGGUCAAGGGGUCUGAAUACUUUCCGAAGGCACUGUCCAUGUUAGCCAUAUGGUAACCAUGAUGAUGAACAGACUACAGUAUGCCCUGUGAUCUGUAAAGAUACCAUAUUGUGUACUUCUGUGGUCUGUAUGUACAGCCAUAGACAGUCCACAGGUAUUCUAUGUACAUAAAGGCUUGUGACAUAGCAAUAUGUGACAUUAAAGCAGAUUACUCAUCCUGGUGCAGUCUGCUUGCCCCUUCAGCUGUGAUCAUUGUCAUUGCAAUGCGUCAUGUGGUUAUUUACUGUCCUCUGUCCUCUCCUCGUCCUCUCUGCCAGGUGUCCUACGUACUGCUGUAACUGACAUGGACAGGGAGAGUCAGGACACAUAUCUGGUCGUCCUUGAGGCCAAAGACAUGGGGGGGCACCUGGGGGGGAUGUCAGGGACGACCACAGUCACUGUAAGGCUGAGUGAUGUCAACGACAACCCCCCUCACUUCAGAAAGAGUGAGCAACAUUACUGUUACUGUUUUGUUAUUGGCAUAUGUCAUGUAUUACAGCCUAGUAACGCUCCAUUCGUGUGUGUGUGUGUGUGUGUGUGUGUGUGUGUGUGUGUGUGUGUGUGCGUGCAUGCAUGUGUGCGUGUGUGUGAUUAGAGUGAUGAAAUGCCUUGUAAUGUGGCACUUGUGAUGGUGCAAUGAUCUCUCUGCUGCUAAGAGCACCUUUAGGGUCUUCUCUGCCAGGGUUGUGUCACGCAACAGCUGUGAGAAGAGACUGUGCUUUAAUUUUAGGGUGUGUUGCUUGAUAUGCGCAUGUGGCUCUUCUUUCAUCAUUGCAAACUAAUUAAUAAAUACCAUGAAUGAGCUGCUUUCCUCUUCCUCCUCCUCCUUCUCACCAUUAUCAUCACCAUCGUCUUCAGCAUCAUUAUUAUAUAAUUGUCAUCAAUCUGAAUUAAUAACAUCUUGAGAUUGCUCUUUUAGGUUUCUCAACAGCACUAAGCUAGCCCUUCAUGGAAAACAGUGAGAGAUAAUGUCAGUCUUUUCUUAUCCAAGCGCUUCUACAUUCUAUUCUAUUAAUAUUUCAUUUAAAGUUCAGUCGUUUCUGCUCCAAUAGACAAUAAAAUCACUGCCGAAUAUAACGCUCUGAGACACAAUACAUUCCUCUAUACUGUGUUCCUAUUUUAUCACUUUCCCUCUCCUUUCUUGCUGUCCCGUCACUCUUCCCCCUCUUUAUUUGUGUUUAGUGAGUCCGCCAGAUCAGAGGCAGUAGGGUUGACAACGUGUUAUAUUGAUAGGUGUGUGAAUUGGACUGUCACGCCCUGACCUAUAGAACUCUAGUUAGUUUGGUGAGGGUGUGAAUAUCAUGUGUGUGUUUUUCUAUGUGGGGAUUCUAUGUUUGUAUUUCUAUGUUUGGCCGGGUGUGAUUCCCAAUCAGAGGCAGCUGUCGCUCGUUGUCUCUGAUUGGGGAUCAUACUUAGGCAGCCAGUUUUCCUGCCUGUGUUGUGGGAUCUUGUUUGUUUUCGGUGAGUUUGGGCUUGUUAGUGUAUAGCCUUCCGACGUCACGUUUCGUUGUCUUUUGUAUGUUUAUUCAGUCUGACCCGUUCAUCAACGAUCGUGACAUGGACCCUAUUGCUGUCCUCCUGAGCAUUCGAAAUGUAAUGAGUACUUUUGGGUGUCAGAAAAAUGAAUGGGAGUAAAAAGUACAUAUUGUCUUUAGGAAUGUAGUGGAGUAAAAGUUGUCAAAAAUAUAAACUGUAAACUACAGAUACAGUGCCUUGCAAAAGUAUUCAUCCCACUUGGCGUUUUUCCUAUUUUGUUGCAUUACAACCUGUAAUUUAAAUUGAUUUUUAUUUGGAUUUCAUGUAAUGGACAUACACAAAAUAGUCCAAAUUGGUGAAGUGAAAUGAAAAAAAUUACUUGUUUCAAAUAAUUCUAAAAAAUAAAUAACGUAAAAGUGGUGUGUACGUACGUAUUCACCCCCUUUGCUAUGAAGCCCCUAAAUAAGAUCUGGUGCAACCAAUUACCUUCAGAAGUCACAUAAUUAGUUAAAUAAAGUCCACCUGUGUGCAAUCUAAGUGUCACAUGAUCUCAGUAUAUAUACACCUGUUCUGAUAGGCCCCAGAGUCUGCAACAUCCCUAAGCAAGGGGCACCACAAAGCAAGCGGCACCAUGAAGACCAAGGAGCUCUCCAACCAGGUCAGGAACAAAGUUGUGGAGAAGUACAGAUCAGGGUUGGCUUAUAAAAAAAUAUCCACAAUUUUGAACAUCCCACAGAGCACCAUUAUAUCCAUUAUUAAAAAAUUGAAAGAAUAUGGCACCACAACAAACCUGCCAAGAGAGGGCCGCCCACCAAAACUCACGGACCAGGCAAGGAGGGCAUCAAUCAGAGGCAACAAAGAGACCAAAGAUAACCCUGAAGGAGCUGCAAAGAUCCAAGGCAGAGAUUGGAGUAUCUGUCCAUAGGACCACUUUAAGCAGUACACUCCACAGAGCUGGGCUUCACGGAAGAGUGGCCAGAAAAAAGCAAUUGCUUGAAGAAAAAAAAGAAGCAAACAUGUUUGAUGUUCGCCAAAAGGCAUGUGUGAGACUCUCCAUACAUAUGGAUAAGGUACUCUGGUCAGAUGAGACUAAAAUUGAGCUUUUUGGCCAUCAAGGAAAACGCUAUGUCUGGCGCAAACCCAACACCCCUCAUCACCCCGAGAACACCAUCCCCCACAGUGAAGCAUGGUGGUGGCAGCAUCAUGCUGGGGGGAUGUUUUUUAUUGUCAGGGACUGGGAAACUGGUCAGAAUUGAAGGAAUGAUGGAUGGUGCUAAAUACAGGGAAAUUCUUGAGGGAAACCUGUUUCAGUCUUCCAGAGAUUUGAGACUGGGACGGAGGUACACCUUCCAGCAGGACAAUGACCCUAAGUAUACUGCUAAAGCAACACUUGAGUGGUUUAAGGGAAACAUUUAAAUGUCUUGGAAUGGCCUAGUCAAAGCCCAGACCUCAAUCCAAUUGAGAAUCUGUGGUAUGACUUAAAGAUUGCUGUACACCAGCGGAACCCAUCCAACUUGAAUGAGCUGGAGCAGUUUUGCCUUGAAGAAUGGGCAAAAAUCACAGUGGCUAGAUGUGCCAAGCUUAUAGAGACAUACCCAAGAGACUUGCAGCUAUAAUUGCUGCAAAAGGUGGCCCUACAAAGUAUUGACUUUGGGGGGGUGAAUAGUUAUGCAUGCUCAAGUGUUCUGUUUUUUUGUCUAAUUUCUUGUUUGUUUCACAAUAAAAAAGAUUUUGCAUCUUCAAAGUGGUAGGCAUGUUGUGUAAAUGAAAUGAUACAAACCCCCAAAAAUGCCAAGGGGGGUGAAUACUUUCGCAAGCCACUGUACCCCAAGAAACGACUUAAGUAGUACUUUAAAGUACACUGCUCAAAAACAUUAAGGGAACACUUAAACAACACAAUGUAACUCCAAGUCAAUCACACCUCUGUGAAAUCAAACUGUCCACUUAGGAAGCAACACUGAUUGACAAUAAAUGUCACAUGCUGUUGUGCAAAUGGAAUAGACAACAGGUGGAAAUUAUAGGCAAUUAGCAAGACACCCCCAAUAAAGAAGUGGUUCUGCAGGUGGUGACCACAGACCACUUCUCAGUUCCUAUGCUUCCUGGCUGAUGUUUUGGUCACUUUUGAAUGCUGGCGGUGCUUUCACUCUAGUGGUAGCAUGAGACGGAGUCUACAACCCACACAAGUGGCUCAGGUAAUGCAGCUCAUCCAGGAUGGCACAUCAAUGCGAGCUGUGGCAAGAAGGUUUGCUGUGUCAGUCAGCGUAGUGUCCAGAGCAUGGAGGCGCUACCAGGAGACAGGCCAGUACAUCAGGAGACGUGGAGGAGGCCGUAGGAGGGCAACAACCCAGCAGCAGGACCGCUACCUCCGCCUUUGUGCAAGGAGGAGCAGGAGGAGCACUGCCAGAGCCCUGCAAAAUGACCUCCAGCAGGCCACAAAUGUGCAUGUGUCUGCUCAAACGGUCAGAAACAGACUCCAUGAGGGUGGUAUGAGGGCCCGACGUCCACAGGUGGGGGUUGUGCUUACAGCCCAACACCGUGCAGGACGUUUGGCAUUUGCCAGAGAACACCAAGAUUGGCAAAUUCGGCACUGGCGCCCUGUGCUCUUCACAGAUGAAAGCAGGUUCACACUGAGCACAUGUGACAGACGUGACAGAGUCUGGAGACGCCAUGGAGAACGUUCAGCUGCCUGCAACAUCCUCCAGCAUGACCGGUUUGGCGGUGGGUCAGUCAUGGUGUGGGGUGGCAUUUCUUUGGGGGGCCGCACAGCCCUCCUUGUGCUCGCCAGAGGUAGCCUGACUGCCAUUAGGUACCGAGAUGAGAUCCUCAGACCCCUUGUGAGACCAUAUGCUGGUGCGGUUGGCCCUGGGUUCCUCCUAAUGCAAGACAAUGCUAGACCUCAUGUGGCUGGAGUGUGUCAGCAGUUCCUGCAAGAGGAAGGCAUUGAUGCUAUGGACUGGCCCGCCCGUUCCCCAGACCUAAAUCCAAUUGAGCACAUCUGGGACAUCAUGUCUCGCUCCAUCCACCAACGCCACGUUGCACCACAGACUGUCCAGGAGUUGGCGGAUGCUUUAGUCCAGGUCUGGGAGGAGAUCCCUCAGGAGACCAUCCGCCACCUCAUCAGGAGCAUGCCCAGGCAUUGUAGGGAGAUCAUACAGGCACGUGGAGGCCACACACACUACUGAGCCUCAUUUUGACUUGUUUUAAGGACAUUACAUCAAAGUUGGAUCAGCCUGUAGUGUGGUUUUCCACUUUAAUUUUGAGGGUGACUCCAAAUCCAGACCUCCGUGGGUUAAAAAAUCUGAUUACCAUUGAUAAUUUUUGUGUGAUUUUGUUGUCAGCACAUUCAACUAUGUAAAGAAAAAAGUAUUUAAUAAGAUUAUUUCAUUCAUUCAGAUCUAAGAUGUGUUAUUUUAGUGUUCCCUUUAUUUUUUUGAGCAGUGUAUAUUUACCUCAGUACUUUACGACACUGGAGCCAGGCAACUGCCAAACCCUGAUGUCACAGACUACUGCACUUUGGCUGCCAUUUCCUAGGCUAUAAGACGCUCAUAGAAACAUUUGUAAUUUGGUUUUCAUCAUUACUGUAAACAUUUUCCCUGAGGACUACUGGAUGACUACUUCAUCAUUUUAUGAUCUAAAUGAUAUGUUUAGUCUCUCUCUCGCUCUCUCUCUCUCUCUCUCUCUAGGUGCCUGGUCAUUCUCUAUCUCUGAGCUGGCAGCACCAGGGGUGGAGGUGGGUCGCCUCUCAGCAACAGAUGCUGAUCUGGGAGAUAAUGCCAUGCUGGAAUAUACCAUCCUGGACGGAGAGGAGGGGGACACAUUUAACAUCACCGGAAGAGACCAAGAAGCUGUCAUUGUACUAAACAAGGUGAGAAAUAAAUAAGGGAGACCAGAUGAAUACUGUACGUAGCUCUUAAUCAGACUCAAGUCAAAAACAUCCACAAUGGCGUAAAAUGAGGAUUAAACUAAGCAUAGCUCCUCCAAGGCACUCUUACCAGGAAGUUAAUUUAGUGAAAAACAUAUAAAACAGCAGGACAGUGUUGCCUGUGGAGACUUCAGUCAGCCAUAGUCAGGCCUGGUAAUAGGAUGCUUUGAAUAAAUAUUUGGUCUGGAAACAGUAAUUUAACAGUUUUCCCUUGCAAUCCUGUUGUGUGAUUGCACGAAUACUGCAAAUUUAAAGAUAUGCUCUGGAACAUUGGCGACUACUAUGUAUUUUUAAAACCUCUCGCUUUUGACCACGAAAAUCCCUAGUUUGAAAGCAACUUUUUUUCUUGACGCUGUGCUGCGCCAUUUUCCCCCACGUGUGCCAGACCCCAAGCAAUUUGAGUUCAACCAAUGAGCUUCAGCCCCUCGCCAUAUGAGUGACAGCUAGCAAGAUGCACAUGAUGCACACACAGCAGAGCGAGAGAGAAGAUAUGUGACGUAGUACGCCAUUUUUGGGGGACCAAUAUUGGCUUGUGAGUGCUACUUUCUAAGCUACUGGCUAAAAAGUAUACAAAAGUACCGGAGAAUUCCUUUAAUUAUCUCAAACAAAGCAUUAUCUCACCAUGGGUGGCUUGAAAAUAAGCAAUAGACAAAAAGGGAUUCAAAUACCAUGGACUGUUUGCACAACUAACACAAAAAUGAAAGAUUCCGACUAGCAGUUGAAUUUAAAUCACCAACUGGAAAAUAGGCUGUGAGCCUGUGUUUUUUUCAGUGUUGUGUCGAGUACAUGGGGCAUCGCAAGCUCCAUUUAACAAAGUUUGUGAGACAAGGGUGAGAGUAUGAGAUAGAAUGAGGUAAUGAUUAGUGAAUGUGGGAGUGAAAUAAUUAUGGAACAAGGGUAGGAAAAGGGCAUGAUGAAAAGAGGGGGAGCAAGAGAGUGUUCGAGUUAAGGAGGGAGAUAGAGAAGAAGCAAAGGAGAGAGAUAAAUAAUAGACAAAAAUUGUUAAAGAAAAGUAUAGUAAAACAUAAUUGGCUGUAUUUAUCUCCUCAGUUGCUGGACUAUGAGAGUCGCAGUUCAUUCUCGUUCUCAGUGGAAGUUGUGAACCCCGUGGUGGAUGCUCGGUUCCUAAGGAAAGGUCCCUUUAAGGACCGUGCAACCGUAUGGGUCAUGGUCCUCAACGCAGACGAGCCCCCCCGCUUCUCCCGGUCCCGUUACCGUCUGGAUGUGUCUGAGAACUGUCCUUCUGUCUGCAGCGUGGGCCGAGUAUCUGCUGUUGACCCAGACACAGGACAAAGCACCAACAUCAGGUAGGCUACACUCACUUAGUCAGCCAGUCAGUCUGUCAGUCUGUCUGCCUGUCACUCACUCACUCACUCACUCACUCACUCACUCACUCACUCACUCACAUUUUCUUUACUCAAACUAUUCUCUCUCCCCCUCCUUCUCUCCCCCCUGUCGCUCUCUUUCAGGUACUCCAUUGAUCCUCAGUCUGACCUGGAGGCUCUGUUCCGUAUUGCUUCUGACAGCGGCCUUAUCACUACGGUGAUGGAGUUGGACCGGGAGCGCGAGCAAUGGCAUAAUAUCACUGUCAUCGCCACACAGAGAGGUAUGAGGUUCCAGUCCUCUCAGCCUCAGCUGCCCACAGGCAAUACAAGCGCUCUGGCUUAGUACAGAGUCAAGUUUUCCCUCAUAUCACUCAUUGUAGCCCUGGUGAUGGCUGUGAAAUGCUGUGAUGAAGUUGAAGUUAAACUCACCAGGCACUCCUUUCCUUUUCCAGACAAUCCCAACCUUGUGACCAGGGUUGUGGUUGCCAUAGAGACACUGGACCAGAAUGAUAAUGCACCAGAGUUGGACAGGCAGUACACAACGUCUGUGUGUGACUCCAGUACCCCUGGACAGGUCAGUGCUUCUAACACUUACACACAUAACUCUGACACUGCACUUUAUCAGUCUGUCUAUCUAUAGCCCUGCAUGCUGAUAACCAUAAUGCUAAUUUCUGACUUCAACCUUCAGGACAAUUAUUUUUAGAAGUCUUUGAAGACUCUCCUAUUCCUUUUAUUGUCUCCUUUUAUGAAAUUGACUCAAGAUCAAUUGAGUCACUGUUUCUGUUUCUCUUCUUCACCUUAUUGGUGUAAUGAGUCCUGUUUCUCCAGAGUAAUUUUUCUCCAAUGCCAUUUGGCUGAGUUGUGUGACUGAGUUGUGUGACUGUAACCAGGUUUCCAUCCAACCUUUUUAUGCGAUUAAAAUACAUGUCGGAUAAAAAAUGUAAUGACAGGCCUGAUGGAAACCGCAAAUUUGUCGGUAAACUCCGGUCUGGAGCGUGAAGUCACGAGCUCUGCUGGUCGGCUACUGCGUAGCAACAGUUCUUAUUAUACCUCAGUGGUAGCUACCUAGCGGUGCCAAAAGCUCUGGUCUGCCCUAGAAAGCCUAUAUAAAUUACGAUCACCAGAACGGCCAAAGCCCUCAAAAAAUGGACGCCCAUUUUGGCCUCUAAAAUUAGUUUAUCAUGAUCAAAUUCGAUCCCCACUGUGAAUUAUUUUCAAGUUCGCUACAAAUCGAGAUAUUUAAUGAAAUAGUGAUCCAUUCUGACUACUAUAUUUGUCCAAUCAUGGGCUGGUAGGCUACAAGGAGGUUCCCAGUUAACUCUCUCAGGCAGGAUGAAAACAACUACAUCGACCAUGAUCCUUUGCUAGUUAUGGUCACUUUCACCAUGAUUUUUUUGGUGCCAUUCAACCCCAUUCAGCAAUAUCAAAGAUUUUUAACCCACAGCCUGUCUUUUCCAAUGGAAGCAAAUUAAUCAUAGAGGGCAAAACAAGCAAGGAGGUGGGCCGAGCCAAGCACGAGCUAGCGAGAUCUUUUUGGCACGUUCUAGCAUGUAUUUGCAUAUUUCCGUUAGGAAAUGCCUACUCUGUGAAGUGCACGUGUGCAAUAACUAAAUUCGCCCUUGCACUCCUUCUAAGCAAUAAAAAAAAUUGAAACUUUGGAAAAGGGUAAAGUAUACAAACCUUAGUCCACUACAGAUUAUCGUUUUGGGAACAGAAAACUGUAUUGAGAUCAAAUGUUUCAAUGAUGAGAGAAUUUGCAGAAUGACAGAAUUGCCAAAAUACAUCUCGCUCCAUCUUCUCCCACUGCCGGCCACUGGGCCAUAUUUGGUAGUGAGUGAAAACAUCUGAUUCAGUGUUCUAUCUGUGGAAUAUGUUUUCCAUAGGAAUAUGUGGAUGACGUCAGCGCUAUCUCUAUCUACUGGUUUUAAUGUCUAUGCAUCACGCACAGACUUUUAUCAGCAACAAGUCAAUUUGAUGGAAUCACAUCUCUGGUGGGAAAAUGCGGAUAUUUGAAUAUUUGCAUGAAAAUCUGUCGCCAAUUGGAUGGAAACCUAGCUUGUGAGGUCCAAUAGAGGUUCUCCUCUCUCUGCUCUGUCUCCCAGGUUGUUCAGGUGGUGAGGGCAGUGGAUAGGGACCAGGGAGGUCAGGACGCCACCAUCCACUUCAGCAUCCCUCCAGAGUCCAGCUCUGCUCUAAACCUCACCAUCAUGGAAAGUGGAGGUGCAUUCUAGCUAUGUUCGACCUCUAUGUCAAGCGGUCACCCUCCUCAACCCUCUUAUGCAUGUCAAAUCAGAAAUUCUGCAACUGGAUUAUCAAUGACAACAUGCUUGUUUUUUUUACAUGCUUGAUGACAGUGCGCCUGCAUCUUACAGUAACGAUAUAGGCCUGUUGAAUUGAACUGAAAUUCAUAUUAUGACGUAUAUCUGGAGAAUGGCAUUCAUGUACAAGUGACCUGAUGACUGACUUGAGUUGCUGGUGUUAUUGUCUUAUUUAAUCCCAGGUGCCACAGCCAGCCUGGUUCUCCAGUCGGCCCUGCAGCCCCUCCCUGACUUCUCCUCCUCCCUCCUCACCCUGCACGUGCCCAUUGUGCUGCGGGAUGGCGCGUCCGGCCUCACCAACACUGGGACAGUCACCGUGACCGUGUGUCCCUGUCUGAGAGGGGGCAUGCGGGCCGAGGAGAGGGGGAGACAGAGGGACAGGGGCUGGGAGAGACAGACGAUAUGUCUGCCCCUGCCCUCCGCCUCUCCAUCACUCAUCUUCAGUAUGGUCACCCUGCUGGCCCUGCUGGCCUGUGUCACUACGCUGCUAGGUAAGACUGGAGGACUACUGUCUGAUGUAUAUUACAUGUACAGUGGUGUGAAAAAGUGUUUGCCCCCUUCCUGAUUUGUUAUUUGUUUGCAUGUUUGUCACACUUAAAUGUUUCAGAUCAUCAAACACAUUUCAAUAUUAGUCAAAGAUAACACAAGUAAACACAAAAUGCAGUUUUGAAAUGAAGGUUGUUAUUAUUAAAGGAAAACAAAAUCCAAACCUACAUGGCCCUGUGUGAAAAAGUGUUUGCCCCCCCUGUUAUAACACAACUCAACUGUGGUUUAUCACACCUGAGUUCAAUUCCUCUAGCCACACCCAGGCCUGAUUACUGCCUCACCUGUUCUCAAUCAAGGAAUCACUUAAAUAGGACCUGCCUGACAAAGUGAAGUAGACCAAAAGAUCCUCAAAAGCUAGACAUCAUGCUGAGAUCCAAAGAAAUUCAGGAACAAAUGAGAAAGAAAGUAAUUGAGAUCCAUCAGUCUGGAAAAGGUUAUAAAGCCAUUUGUAAAGCUUUGGGACUCCAGCGAACCACAGUGAGAGCCAUUAUCCACAAAUGGCGAAAACAUGGAACAGUGGUGAACCUUCCCAGGAGUGGCCGGCUGACCAAAAUUACCCCAAGAGCGCAGCGACGACUCAUCCAAGAGGUCACAAAAGACCCCACAACAACAUCCAAAGAGCUGCAGGCCUCACUUGCCUCAGUUAAGCUCAGUGUUCAUGACUCCGCCAUAAGAAAGAGACUGGGAAAAAUGGCCUGCAUGGCAGAGUUCCAAGACGAAAACCACUGCUGAGCAAAAACAACAUUAAGGCUCGUCUUAUUUUUACCAGAAAACAUCUUGAUGAUCCCCAAGACCUUUAGGAAAAUACUCUGUGGACUGACGAGACAAAAGUUGAACAUUUUGGAAGGUGUGUGUCCCAUUACAUCUGGCGUAAAAGUAACACCGCAUUUCAGAAAAAGAACAUCAUACCAACAGUAAAAUAUGGUGGUGGUAGUGUGAUGGUCUGGGCCUGUUUUGCUGCUUCAGGACCUGGAAGAGUUGCUGUGAUAAAUGGAACCAUGAAUUCUGCUGUCUACCAAAAAAUCCUGAAGGAGAAUGUCCGACCAUCUGUUCGUGACCUCAAGCUGAAGCGAACUUGGGUUCUGCAGCAGGACAAUGAUCCAAAACACACCAGCAAGUCCACCUCUGAAUGGCUGAAGAAAAACAAAAUGAAGACUUUGGAGUGGCCUAGUCAAAGUCCUGACCUGAAUCCUAUUGAGAUGCUGUGGCAUGACCUUAAAAAGGCAGUUCAUGCUCGAAAACCCUCCAAUGUGGCUGAAUUACAACAAUUCUGCAAAGAUGAGUGGGCCAAAAUUCCUCCACAGCGCUGUAAAAGACUCAUUGCAAGUUAUCGCAAACGCUUGAUUGCAGUUGUUGCUGCUAAGGGUGGCCCAACCAGUUAUUAGGUUGUAGGGGGCAAUCACUUUUUCACACAGGGCCAUGUGGGUUUGGAUUUUGUUUUCCCUUAAUAAUAACAACCUUCAUUUCAAAACUGCAUUUUGUGUUUACUUGUGUUAUCUUUGACUAAUAUUUAAAUGUAUUUGAUGAUCUGAAACAUUUAAGUGUGACAAACAUGCAAACAAAUAAGAAAUCAGGAAGGGGGCAAACACUUUUUCACACCACUGUAUGUAUGUCGGUCAGUUGGUCAGUAUCCCGUGUGUGGUAUUUACAAUGAUGUGCCUCUCUCUCUCUCCCCCAGUGGUGUGUGCUCUGUCUCUGUCUCUGCGGCAUCAGAAGCAAGACUCCCACUCCCCAUUUGAGGAGGAUGAUGUGAGGGAGAACAUCAUUACUUACGAUGAUGAAGGGGGAGGGGAGGCAGACACUGCUGCCUUUGACAUCACCGCGCUCCAGAGCUUACACAGAGUACAACGCAUGCAGGACAGCAGGAACAUGUGAGAUGUGACGUUGGUUUGUGUAGUGUGGGUGUUCGUGUGCGUGUGGCCGUGUGUUUGUGACAUGUGCCGUUUGUGAGGGAGUGUGGGCGUGCAGAUGUGUCUGUGUGUGUGUUCCUCUGCCUUAUGCUGUUCUCUUCCAACAGAUGGUACACCCAGCAGAAUCAGGCCAGGGCCAGGACGUACAGCUGGUGCCGGACCCCACACUCUGCUGCGGACCCACAGCGUCCAGGCUCAGCCCCUUUGUACGGACACCUCUGCUACAACAUUCACACCCUGCCUGUCCUCAGAGACUUUCACGAGGGGCCCACUCCAUUCCAGUCAGGUCUGCAGCUGGCCAAACUAAUGGGAACCUAUGGGCUUCCUUGCAAUCACAUGGAUAAUAAUUCUCUAGUCAUCCAGAACCAGGGCACCUUUGAUCUACUGGAGCCUGAGGUGAUUCAUCUCAACCCUGCUGAGCCAUGGUGCCCCAGCAGAGAUGGACCAGAGAGCUGGGUGGCUGACAGCAGACCCACAGAAAGAGAGGGAGGCAGGGAGACCAACGCUGACACCCAGCAGCAGCUGCAUCCAGAGCAGGGACCAAUCAGAGUCAGAUAUUAACUUUUAUAUAUAAUGGGUGUAACAAUGUUGUUAUUAUCAACCUCAGCUGUCUCAAUGUUAUUUUGGUCGAUCUCUCUCAGACAAUUUUUCCUUUUAAAGUAUUUGAUAUUCCUCAUAAAAUUGUGUAUUUCCUCCCCAGACACAGCCUGAGUCUGUACUGACAGAUGAAGCACUGGUUCUGAACUAUUCUGUCCCAAAUGGCUCAUCCUCUCAGAGUCACAGCAGCAGCAUCUCUUCAUCAGAGCAGCAGGAGAACAAGCCAGAUCUCUCUCCCUCCCAGACCACCACUACCACCGGAGCCUCCAGCUCUGCAGUAGACGAUACAGAUUCCUCUACUCUUCCCAGCUCAGAGAAGAAUGAAGACACUGUUGGUGUUAGCCAGAUAAAUACUAAUCACACCCACACUAAUCUACUGGGGGACUCAACAUACAGCAUUGUGGGUUCACUAAACCAGGGCAGUGGAGGGAUACCUGUGACCGGGACUACUUUGUAUCCAGGCAGUGCAGAAUUCCUGAAUAUGUAUGCGCUGGGUAGGAGGGACCUGACCCCACAGCUACUGCCCGUUUCUGGAGGCAUGCUGGGAUACAGCAGGGGGUGGGGCUGUGGGAGGGGACUGGUGGCUGACAGGGAAGGGGGUGGGGCUAACUGUAACUCCUCCCUGCCUGUGAGGAUGGAGGAGUUCCUGAAGCACCGUCUGGACCAGGUGACCUUUGACCUAUCCCAGCCACCUUACGACUCACUGCAGACCUAUGAGUUUGAGGGGGGGGACUCUCGGGCGGGGUCGCUGAGCUCACUGGAGAGCGAGGGAGAGAGGGAGGAGGAGAGAGUGAGGGAAGCAGUAGACGAGUUGGACAAGAAGUUCCAUAGGCUAGUGAAGAUAAUCGAAGAGAGAGAACAAGAAAAUAAGUGUGAGAGAAGAUCAGUGGAGGAGGAGACACUGGAAGGAGAUGGAAGCCAGAGUUUGGUUGUCAAUGUGACGAGCAAAACAGAGAGUGUGGGUGAAGGGAAAGAGACCUCAAGGUGGGAUUUUUAG